CGCUCAGGCGAUGUAAGUGCCAGGGGGAGGGGAAAUUAUUGGGAGGGGUCUUCUUCGUCUUUCUUUCUUGGAGGCGCGGUGGCGAUGGCGGCGGAGGAGAGGCUGAGCAUCUACCGUGCGACGAGGAUCAUAAAGAAGAGGGAGAACUCCCGCCUCUACAACGCCCUCCGCUCCAUCUACGAGGAUUCCAUCUUCAUCGCAGAGAUCGCCGGGCUCUGGCGGGACCUCCCCCUCCUCGCCAACCUCCGUUGCGGCCUCUGGUACUCCCCCCGAUUCGAAGCCACCUGCUACUUUAAGUCCACCGAUGGCCAUACCAACAACUGGUCCUUCAACACCUCGCGACUCAACCUCCAUGUGGCCCAACUCGCUGGGCAGCGAGGAGGGUGUAUUAUAGUGGAUUCCACCCGUAGAGGGAAACGGUUUCCAGAUAGCAUGUCGAAGACAAUACCCAUAUGGACGUGUUUGUUAAACCGAGCAGUCAAGAAUUGUUUGCUGAGAAUGUCCGCGGAAAGCCAAAGAGAUGGUGAAUCGCAGUCAAACUGUUCACCUAAUGAAACGGCAGAUGUGAGGCUACUCUCUGAUGAUUGGGAUAGCUCUUUGCAUCUUCCGCUAUGGGUCCCAGAUAUUGAGAAGGCAGCUAUAGAGGGACACAUUGAAGAAUGGACCAAACAGUUGGAAGCUUGUGGUGCUGAUAUUCAUUCUCUUGCAUCAAUCAUAAGAAAACCCCUGCGCCCCUUGUGGAUUUCUCAAAAGACUCUCAUCUGGCUGAAUGAAGUUCCCGACUGUAAUUCUUGGGACUUCACACCCAUCAUCCUCGUUUCAGCAUCUGCUUCAGAUGGAAUAGCUCAGCAAAGAUCCAUGUCACAAUUCAGCUGGCAUUAUAUUCCUGGAGCAGGAGAUGAUGAAGAGAGCUGGGCGCGGGGUCUAUCACCUAAUCUAUUUUGGAAGCAUACAUUUGAGCUGAUAGAUUCUGGUCCCGAUCUCUGCAAUCAACAAGUUGCUGAACUAGUUGAAAAGGAAAGGGUAUAUCGAGCACAAAGGGGUGAAUAUUCACCUCAAGUUACUGUCAAGCUGCAUCAGAAAUUCUCAGGAAACAACCAUUCCAAUAUUAAUGGAGAAUCUAUUAAUUCUCGUCAGUUAAUGGGCUCUAAAAUUUUCAUCAAUUCCAUGAAUACAACAUCUUCUGAUGAAAGGCAUCCCAUCUUUUGGCUUGGCUCAACAAAUCUUGCAGUGGCAGCGACCUUACAUGUUCCAGAUGUGCUUGAUGAUGUUGACUGUGUGCUGAACUGCAACAGCAAAUUCAAAUCAUUUUGCCUUCCAUGCGCUGAUUCCUACUUGCAUCUACCUAUGGUGACUUCAAAAGAGGAUCGGUUUUCCUUGAUUAACAACCUCCCGUCAGCAGUUGGAUUUGCCAAGUUAAACUUGAGUAGAGGAAAGAAGAUGCUAGUUUGUUGUCAUAAUGGGGAAGAUAUUAGCAUAUGUGUGUGCCUUGCUAUUUUGUCAUCCCUAUUUGACGAAGGAGGCUCUUUUGAUGGUGGCAAGUCUUUCAUGCACGCAAAUAUUACCAAAUGGGAGAUGAGGAGGCGUUUGGUACUUAUUUGCAAGUUUGCAAUAAAUGCUCGCCCAUCUAGAGGGAAUCUGAGACAGGUUUUUGGUUUUCUCAGUAGAAAAAAUGAGUCUUUGUUCACUGCAGCGCCUGCUGUUCAUGGUGCUUAGGCAUCUGUUAUGCCUUCCGUGAUAUCUUGUAAAGCACUGUCGAGAGAAACUGAUUUUGGUCACUUCCUCAUUCAUGGUUUUUCAUAAGAUCAAACUUUGAGGUGAUAUGCCAGCAAAACUGAGAGGAUAAGUGCAAUCCACCAGUACUUACAUGCCAUCCUUUUUAGUAUGGCUUGGACGUAUAUCUAUGCUAAGCAUCAUCGAGGCCCUUACUUUACCCUGUUUUUGCCCCACUUAUAAAUCAGAUCUGGCAAAUUAAGGUAAUUGCUAAAACUGUAAGAUGCUUAUUUCUCUAUUGCAUAAUAAUCCAAGUUACUUAGGACCUCAAGAGACACUCCUCAUGAUAGCAGCAUAACCUUCACCUUGCAAGAAGAGGUGAAUAUGCCGACCUUCUUGGGAACAACUGCUUUUUGCUAACGAUACUUGAAUCUGGAGUACAUGCUGGCAACAAUCCACCAAUUAGGACAUUGUCCUUCGAUGAGGGUGGUUUGAAACUCAAUUUGUUGUUAUAUGUGGUGAGAGAAUCGGGAAUCAAGAAUGAUAUAGCCAGUUUUGGUGUAUGCCCUUAUAAUGUAUCUGGUUGCUCUUAUCAUCUUAUCUUUUAAUAAUCAAGAUUUGGCUUGUACUAUUAUUUGCCAUUCUUGUUGUGAUAUCAACUCUAAACAAGGUCAAGGUAGCUUUACUAUUGGAGGCUACCCGCAAUGCACGUGAGAGAGCAUCCACUUUGUCAGACUAUUGUUUUUUAAAUGAUGCAUAUUCUCUUUCACUUUUCUUUAA